AUGUCUUCACCCGUCAGCCUCGAGGAACAGCUGGAGAAAGUCAAGAAAGAUCUCAAAGACGCCAAUGAGACUAUAGCAAUGCAACAGAUCGAACUGGACUCCAAGGAUCAAGAGCUCACCGAGAUGCAAGGAUUCUUGGAAGACAAGAACCGCCAGUUGAGUGACUUCGAAGAGCAAUCCGGUCUCGAGUUAAGGAGCAGAUUGGCCGAAUUGGAGGAUGACUUGCAAAUGGUCGAACUCCUUUGCUGGCUCAAAAACGUCUCCAUACCAUCCAACAUCCCUGCCGAUGCCCUCAGUCAGAUCGUGUGGCUAGAGGCCAACCUCCUCGAGAAGAUCAGACGCUACGAGAGACGCGACAGUUGGUUUCUACUUGCCUUUGGCCUCUUGUCUAACAUGGUCGUUUCCAAUGACUGGCCUGCUUGCUGCAUUGCAGCUGUUCGUCUCGCAGUACUCGCCGGACAAUAUCCACUACGCGACAAGGCUGUUUGGGACGAUUUCGUCGCUAAUUUGAUGAACAACUUCAUCCAACUGGAUGUCGAUCCCCUCGGCCAGGCCUGUCUAGCCUACCUUUGCCUCACGACUCGCGACCCCCCGGCCAUGAUGGCACAGAAUCUCCCGGUAGCGCUUUCUCAGGCCGAAAUCGACGUCUCAAUGCGCAUCCCAGAAAUUCUUGCAAAGCUGGAAGGAGAAGAUGUAGCGGUGGCACACGAUGCAGGUUCUCUCAGUGUGGUUUUCGUCAGACGCAACCAACAAAGUGCCGUCUUCUCCAGACUUCCAAACUCUAGUGAUUGGAGUUUUUCCGUACUACCUUUCGAGCUUACAUCUCUUCUUCGUACCAUGAGGAGAAUCAGCUGA